CAGAAAAAUCGAAUUCGAAAACAUUUUAUUGAAGUAUAGAUAUAGUAAACCAAAAUGCAAAUUCGACCGUCGGAUGUGCUUUUUUCACAGGACUCAAUGAAUAAUUAUUUAUUUUAACUAAACAAGAAAACAAACAUCUAUUUUUAGAAAACGCAUUUCCAUAAAAACCUAGGUAGGCAUUUUCAGAAAAUGCUAUUCUCAGUAGUACAUAUUAACAGUAUAUAAAAAGCAGAGAAUCUGAAUUCGAAAACAUUUUCUUGGAGUAGAUCUAUAAAAUGCGAAUUCGACCGUCGGAUGUUCUUUUUUCACAGGACUCAAUAAAUAAUUAUUUCGACGAUAAAUCCGACUAUGGCGGGGUAUUGAUAGGAGAAACAUUAGAUGAUAUUUGCGAAGGAAGGUAAGACGAGCAUAGAUGAGAUUCCGCCUAUCAUUGUGGUUGAUUACGAUGGAGAAUGGGUGACGGUCGACAACCGCCGCCUUUGGGUAUUCCGAGAGCUUGAGCGCCUUGGCGCCUGCCGUCACAUCGACGUCGAUGUAGGCUUCUUCAUUCCGGACGCGAAAAUGACGUCAACCAAUGGAGGCGCUUCAGUGCACGUACGCAGAAACCCUGGCGGGUACUGGCACAAACGACCAGACGGGGCUUACAAGAGGAUGAAUGGGAAUUGGGAUACGUGUUAUUCGGAUGAUUCAGACGAUUGUAUUCAAACAACAAGAAUAUAUAGCGGCUCCUUGGAGAGUUACCCCGGGUCAUCAGUUCCUCCUUCAUAUAACGAUACCAGUAAGAAUACUUAUGCUUCAGCCGUAGCUAGGAAGGUUUACUACAAUUCGCCUCCUAGUUUCGUCACGACCAACUCAUACGAACAGCAGUCGAACCGGGAUACGAUAAUCCAAGAGAGCUGUGUCACAUCCGCUAAAACAGGCAGUCAAUACUUGCUGGAAACUAACACAAGUACGACCAGAGAAGAAAACAAUUAUCAGUCGUCUUACAAAAGCUCAAAUGUACGAUUUACAGCAUCGGCGAUUCAAACAGAUUCCAGUGAACGGAAGAAAAACGAUUCAUGGUGCAAUAUUUUGUAACCGUGUGGUGUGCGACAGGGUUUCAGUAUCUUUUACGGACUAAUCCGUAUAUUUGCUGGUGUAAAUCAGUUUUGUAUUCAUGUGUCAUAUGAUAGUUACGCGAAUGUUCAAAAGUGUUUGUUUUCAUCGAAAGUUGAGAAGUGUUUAUUUAUUUGUGCAAACUUUUAUUGCUGGUCGGUAUCAAAUGAGUUUAUGUGUUGUAAAUAAUAUGUUUGAUUAUUUGUGCAAAAUUUCGCUGCUAGUCGGUAUCAAAUAUUUUUAUUUAUUGUAAAUAAGGUGUUUACUUAUUUGCUCACAGUUUAAUUGCUAGUCGGUACGAGAUGUGUUAAUUGCUGGUAAAUAACGUGCUACGCUAUUUGUUCCUUCUAUAAUUGCUAGUCGGUACGAGAUGUGUUCAUUGCUAGUAAAUAACUUGUUACAUUAUUUGUUCCCACUAUAAUUGCUAGUCGGUACGAGAUGUGUUUAUUGCUUGUAAAUAAAGUGUUAAAUUAUUG